AUGAACAAAUUGAAAGAUAAGAUGUCGAAUGUUGUGAAUGGGAGCCCGUAUAAUGCGGAGAAAGUGAGAGGAAAACUACAAGAUCUCUUUGAGUCAUUCCCAGAUUUGACCCGGUCGGAUUUGGGCGAUGAGUCACCUCUUGAGCAUAUACAGUAUGAGUACAAGCCACAUGGCUCGGAGCAAGGGGUUGCCUCAAGUUCUAACAUUGUGCCAGCCGAGGAUUCCACGGCACCAAAUCUGACUGCUGUCACCGCCUCUGUUGUUUCCCCCAACAGCAUACAUCCAACUGCUGCUGAGAUACGAGAUCAUCUAACCAACCAACUGAAAGAGUAUUAUGCCACAGUUGCCAACCAACAACCCAGGGACGAGUUGUCAGCCUUGUACCCCCAGAAGGGAAGUCGGAAGGCUUUGAAACUACUACGUGAAAUCAUCCAGUCUGAAAUCACUGUGGACUCGGAAGGCGCAAGUGAACGUAUGUCCGUUUACACAUAUCUUGGGACGGAACACGUGUCAAAACGGUUCAAGGAGUGCUUGGCUUCCACCCUUGCAUACUUGCAAAACAAUUCACCACAGCAGUCAAUCAGUGUAGGUUACGUGGACACUGCGUGCACGGUGAUGACGACGCCCGAUAAAGAGGAGACUUUUCGCAGAGUGAUUCCUUACUUGAUAUGUCCAACAUCUAUGGCAAAGGCAAUGGAGUCAUAUAAUCAAUCAUCGUCGACUCCUAAAGGAGUAAUGACCAAUCCGUUCGAUGGGAUCAGUGGGCUGUUGGGUGCGCCAUUCAAGACGUCCUCGAGAGACCCCCUCGCAGGUCGCGGCUACUCUCGUAUUGACUCCUAA